CUAGUGGGCAGAAAACCCUAGGAGAGAGAGGGUGAAGCUCUGAGGAGAUGGGACACGUAAGCGAACACCACGAAGCGACGGACGGCUUGGUGAAGCUGCUGACGAAAGCGAACCACGAUCUGACGGUGGUUCAGCACCGGCUCGAGAGGGAGUUCCAGCAAAUCUACCCGGACAAUGCGAACCCGAUGAAGCUGGUUUCGAGGAUAAAGAAGAUUCAAGAAGAAUUGUCGACAUUGGAAGAUCACUGCCGCCAACUUCUCUCUGCCAAACAGGAUUUGAUUGAUAAGGCGAGGACGACUCUGGUUGGGAACAGAAAUCAGUUGCAGCGGAUGGAGACGUCGAUGGGAGUUUUCGCCGACGCUGAUUCGGAUGAUUCUGCUUUUGCUAACUUCAACCAGGUCAUUGAUGAGUGGACGGCUCAAGUCAGAUCAAAAACAGGGGAUGAGAAUCGCGAUUCGGAUUCGGAGGAUAUCAAUCAGUUGCUCUUUUCGGCUAUAGUCUAAGGCAACUGGUCUUGUUCAGUGAUGUUCAUGUGUGUAUCUGAAUACGUUCUGUUUGAAUAUGAAUAUGCAUUGUAUUGGAUACUUGAUACUGCGACAGUAAAUCAGCAUUAAACACAGAA